CUUACGAGUCUACGAGCUGACAUUUAACAAAAUUGUGGCAAAUGUGAUUGUUGUUUGUUGAUAUUGUUAAAAACGUGCUUAUUAUAAGAAAGAAAACAUAAAAUGCCUUUAGAUUACAGAAGAUUCAAUGGCCCUGAAGAUAGUGUUUCAUAUAAACGUUUCACUGAAGACUAUUUAAAAAGUUACGAUGAGUUAUACAGUGAAUUGAUUGAUGCUAAUGAACAUCGUAAGGAUGGGCGCGAAAUAGAAGAGGCGCGGACCAUGUGUAUGUUUUAUGCUCGUUCAAACAUGGUUUCGCAAGCAAAAGGCUCAUCAUACAUCGAGAUGAAGAAAACUAAAGUUGUGUGCUCUGUUUUCGACCCUAGGGAGACUAUGCACCAGAAUGAGUUCAGUACACUUGGUCAAUUAUUCUGUGAAGUAAAGUUUGCACCCUUCUCUUGUCAUCACCAAAGACAGCCUCAUGUUCCGGACUCUGAAGAGAAGGCACUGUCAGUAGCAUUAAGGAAAGCUCUGGAACCAACAGUGUGUCGCCAUUUGUUUCCUAAUUUCCAAAUAGACAUUUUUGUAUACAUCCUUGAAAAUGAUGGCUCUUGUUUAGCCGCAGCUAUCAAUGCAGCUGGCCUGGCACUAGCCAAUGCUGCUGUUCCCAUGUAUGACAUCAUCACUGCCUGUUCCGUGGCUAUAAUUGGGGACAAGAUGUUCGUUGACCCUACCCAGCCUGAGGAACAUCUUGCCAUAACAAGUCCAGAUACAAAAACAAACCAUGGACUUAUCACUAUGUCAAUGUUACAUGAAUUAAAACAAGUAGCGGACUUCCGUCAAAUAGGCUCUUUAGAUGUUGAUUGUGUUCUCAAAGCCACAGAUAUUUUAGAACAAGAAUGCAAGAAAAUUGUUCCUAAAAUACAAAAAAUACUUGUAAAGAAUGUUGUCAAAGGUGUGGAACAACAAAAGAAGUUACAUGAGGAAGCAAAAGUGCGAGAAGCUGCUUUAAAAGCAAAAAUGGAAGAAUGGAAGUUGUUAUUAAAUGGUGGAUGAAAUCAAA